CUUUUUAUAUGCGCGCUGCCGCGCGUGACGUCACGAUGAUCAAACUUCCUGUGCUCGCUAGUAGUCAAGGGAAAGAGAAGUUUCGCCUUGCAGCAGCUCUUCUUCAACACCUAUACAGUAUCAUCCAGUCCUCAACAUGUCUGCUGGAAACGCCAAGAUCGGACAGCCCGCCCCUCAGUUCAAGGCCACAGCUGUGGUUGAUGGACAGUUUAAAGACAUCCAGCUCUCUGACUACAGAGGGAAGUAUGUUGUGUUCUUCUUCUAUCCACUCGACUUCACCUUUGUGUGUCCCACCGAGAUCAUCGCCUUCAGCGAACGGGCCGCCGAGUUCCGUAAAAUCGGCUGUGAGGUCAUCGGUGCCUCCACCGACUCUCAUUUCAGCCAUCUGGCAUGGAUCAACACACCCAGGAAGCAAGGUGGACUUGGCUCAAUGAACAUCCCGCUGGUCGCUGACCUGACUCGGUCCAUCUCCCGUGACUAUGGGGUUUUGAAAGAGGAUGAGGGUAUUGCCUACAGAGGUCUGUUUGUAAUUGACAACAAAGGCAUAUUGAGACAAAUCACGAUUAAUGACCUGCCAGUGGGUCGUUCAGUGGAUGAGACUCUGAGACUGGUGCAGGCCUUCCAGCACACUGACAAAUAUGGUGAAGUUUGUCCCGCUGGAUGGAAACCAGGAAGUGACACUAUAAUCCCUGAUGUGGAGCAGAGCAAGAAAUUCUUCUCCAAGCAGUAACAGUCCUGACGUAUCUCGCUGAUCUCCGCUCAAAUUCAGCAGAGCGCUACAGCACUUACCUUUAGCCUGAGAGUUCUUGAAAAGACGUCUUAGCCAACAUAACAAACUUUUUGUGAUUUAAAUGCACUUGUUAGACAAAUUUUUAUAACCUUUCUGUUAUCCAUUCAACAAUCACUAUGCACUGACAUUGCUAGUACGAUAAGUAUUUGUUAUCUGGUUAACACUGAAGUCAGUUUGAUUUUUUUUUUCUCAAAUUGUUAAACAUUGUGGUGAGUUAUCAGUUUAUGUCAAAUAAACAGGACGUUAUUGCGCUACAA